AUGGCAAGUAAGAGAAGAUUUAAAAAUACACCGUUGAUUGAUAAUACUUUAGUUGGGGAAUCAUCUAACAGAUUACUUGCUAAAGAAAGAAGAAAAAUGCGCAAGCUUUAUCUUGAUAGCAAACGAUCGAAUUCAAAGAAACAAAGUACUGGUCCAUUUAGUAGAGGAUGCUCAAAAGUCGUUAAUCGAUCUCAGGUCAUUGACAAAGAGAAUUAUAAUCCAAAUAUUCCUUCAUCAUCUAAUAAUUUUCACACAGUGCGGAACUUGAAAUAUAUAACCACAACAGCAUCAUCAAGUACCAUCAUGACCGGUGGUCUUAAUUUCAAUAACCAAUUUAACCCUUCUACAAGUUCUCGGUUUUCUAUUGUUUCAAACAUUGUUACACAAAACAGUAACUCCAUUGGUCAAUCUUCCUCAACGUUAACAAAGCUGAAUUCCGGUAAACAAAAGCUUUUACCUAAGAAACGCCGUAUUGAUCCUAUUCCAAUGUUAGAUCUUACUUCUGAUGAUGAGAAUGUACACUUUGCUCCCAUUCAAGACCCUUCUAAGGGUGUCUCGACAGAUUAUUUGGAUCACGGUAAUCAAAGCCUUAAAUGUGAGAUGUGUGAUUCAUUGUUAUGGACUGACGAAGGUGGUAAAGGGAGAAUUACAUUGGGUAAGUUAACCUAUAGCUUAUGUUGUGGUUAUGGAAAAGUGGAGCUUCCGGAUUUGAAAGAGCCUUCUUCAAUAUACAAGGAUCUAUUUGCAAAUUCUAAUGAAAACAGCAAGUAUUUUCUAAAGAAUAUCCGUCGAUAUAAUUCUAUGUUCGCAUUCACAUCCAUGGGUGGAAAAGUAGAUUCGAGCAUCAAUAGUGGUAGGGCACCUUAUGUAUUUCGUAUAAGUGGACAAAAUUUUCAUUCAUUAGGUGGUUUGGUACCUGCACCUGGAAAACAGCCAAAGUUCUCCCAGCUUUAUAUUUAUGACACUGAGAAUGAAGUUUCAAAUCGAAAUAAUGACUCCACAAAUAAGUCCGACUUGCAUUUAAAGCAGAUAGAUCUUCAUCUCAUAAAGUUUAUAAAAGACUUCCUGGAUAAUAAUAAUCAGUUGGUUAAAAGUUACAGAAUAGCAAGAAACCACUUCAAUGAUAAUCCUAAUGAGAACUUCAAACUUCGUAUCAUUUACAAAAGAGAUCUUGAUGGUCGUACUUACAACUUGCCUUCAUCUUCUGAAGUUGCUGCAUUGAUUGUUGGUGGUAUCCAAGAAAUAGUUGACCAUCGUGAUAUUGUUGUUGAGUCUCACACGGAAGGUCUUCAACGAAUAAGUGAACUUCAUCCAUCAUAUCUUGCACUUCAGUAUCCAAUUCUUUUUCCCAAUGGUGAUGAAGGAUAUAGAAUAGACAUUCCUCAUAGGGAUGGUAUAAGUACUUUAAAGAAAAUUAGUCCCAAGUGUACAAUGAGAGAAUUCUUUGCUUAUAGAAUCCAAGAUCGUUCAACUUCAUUUUCGCUAAUAUUAAAUGCUCGCAGAUUGUUCCAGCAAUUUUUGGUUGAUGCAUAUACCAUGAUCGAGAGUGAAAGACUUAAGUAUAUCCGUUUUCAACAGAAACAUCUUAGGUCUGAAUCAUACACAAAUCUUCAGAAAUUUAAGAAUGAAGGAAAAGAGGAUCUAUCUAAUACUGGGGUACGGUUAGUACUACCAUCAUCUUUUACUGGUGGUUCUCGGUAUAUGCAGCAAAAUUAUCUAGAUGUUAUGGCUAUAUGCAAAUGGUUUGGAUAUCCUGAUUUUUUCAUUACGGUGACAUGUAAUCCUAAGUGGCCAGAGAUUAUCCGAUACCUUCGAAAUACUUCUAUUAAGCAAGAGGACAGACCAGAUAUUAUGUGUCGUUUGUUUAAGAUGAAACUCGAUUCAAUUAUAAAGGAUUUGAAGGACAAGAAAGUGUUUGGAGCACUAAGUGCAGCGGUUUAUACUGUUGAAUUUCAAAAACGUGGAUUGCCACAUGCUCACAUUUGUAUAUUUUUGAAACCUGAAUCCAAGCUUCUCUCUGUUGAUCAUGUAGACAAAUUCAUAUCUGCUGAGAUACCAGAUAAGAUUCAAGAUCCCGCUCUUUAUGCUCUUGUAUCCGAAUUUAUGAUGCAUGGUCCAUGUGGAAAUGCAAAUCCCAAUUGUCCUUGUAUGGUUGAUAAUAGAUGUUCAAAAAAAUUUCCAAAAAAAUUCAUUAAUGAAACAAUUACCGAUGCUGAAGGUUUCCCUGUAUACAGAAGAAGAGAUAAUGGAAACACCAUUAUCAAGUCCAAAGUUCAAUUGGACAACAGAAGUGUCGUUCCAUAUAAUCCGCUUCUUUUGAAAAGAUACCAAGCUCACAUUAAUGUAGAAUGGUGCAAUCAAGCGGGUUCUAUCAAAUAUUUGUUUAAGUACAUUAAUAAAGGUCCAGACAAAGCAUCGCUUGUGGUGUCAAAUGGAGACGGUACAGAUAACGAACAAACAGCAAAGGAUGAGAUCAAAGCUUAUUAUGAUUGUAGGUACGUUUCCGCUUGUGAAGCUUCUUGGAGAAUAUUUGCAAAUGAAGUUCACUAUAGGUUUCCUCCAGUUAUGAGGCUUCCUUUUCAUAUGGAAGGUCAACAAAAUGUUGUGUUUGGUGCCGAAGACGAUAUUGAAGAAGUGUUGGACAAGCCAUCAGUCUCUUCAUCCAUUUUUUUAAAGUGGAUGGAGAUGAACAGAAAUAAUGAAGAAGCACGGAAACUUACGUAUGUUGAGUUUCCUACAAAAUUCUGUUGGAAACUAAAAGAUAGAAAUUGGGCAGAACGUAAAAGAAAAUUAUUACAGAUUGGACGCAUUCAUUCUGUUUCCCCUGCUUUGGGUGAACCAUAUUUUCUUAGAAUUCUUUUAAACAAAGUCAAAGGACCAAGAUCCUUUGAAGAAAUUAGAACUGUUGAUGGCCAGUUGUUUCCAACCUUCAGGGAUGCAUGUUAUGCUAUGGGUUUGUUAGACGAUGACAUGGAAUACAUUGAAGCUAUUAAAGAAGCGAGUUUUACGGGAGAUGGUCGUUAUAUUCGGGCAUUGUUUGUUACUUUGCUGUUGUCAAACACGUUAUCAAGACCUGAAUUUGUUUUCGAACAAACAUGGAAAUACUUAGCGGAUGACAUUUUAUACAAUAGGAGAAAAGAAACAAAGAACAAAGAUCUUGUAAUGUCAGAUGAGAGAUUGAAGAACAAGACAUUGGUGGAGACUGAGAAGUACCUCAUUCGAAAUGGGUCCUCUUUGACACGAUGGACAACAAUUCCUUAUUCUGAUUACGAUUCGUUUGCUGUUGGAAACAAUCGUUUGGUUGACGAAGAACUGUCUUUUAAUGUUCCUCAGGUACAGAGCGAGUUAGAUAGUCUAAAAUCUUCAUUGACUGACGAACAACUAUAUGUUUAUAAUCAGAUAAUGACAGCCGUUGAAGGCGACAAAGGAGGUGUAUUUUUUGUUUACGGAUAUGGAGGAACGGGGAAGACGUUUUUGUGGAAGACGUUAGCCUUAACCGUAAGGUCUAGAGAGCAGAUUGUUCUAAAUGUGGCUUCAAGUGGUAUUGCUUCACUUCUAAUGUCAAGAGGUAGAACGGCUCAUUCUAGAUUUCACAUCCCCAUAAAUUUAGAUGAGAGUUCUAUGUGUCACAUAAGGCCCGAUGGUGAUGUAGCUUAUCUUCUUAAACAAACUAGGUUGAUUAUAUGGGACGAAGCACCCAUGGUACAUAGACAUGCGUUUGAAGCUUUAGAUAGAACAUUAAAAGAUAUUUUUGUCGAUAAAAGCAAUCGUCAGUCGGAUGUUUUGUUUGGAGGUAAAGUUAUCGUGUUUGGUGGUGAUUUUAGACAAAUUCUUCCUGUUAUUCCAAACGGAAGUAGGCAAGAAAUUGUUAACGCUUCGUUGAGUUCAUCCUAUAUAUGGCCCCAUUGCAAGUUACUUACUUUGACCAAAAACAUGAGAUUGACUGUUGGUGUUUUACCAUCUACAGUCGAGGAGACUAACAGAUUUGCCGAAUGGCUUCUUGAUAUUGGCGAGGGUAAAGUUGGAGGGGACAAUGAUGGUGUAGCAACUGUAGAAAUACCAUCUGAUUUGUUAAUCACAGAUUCUUUGGAUCCCAUCGAAAGUUUGAUUCAAUUUGUAUAUCCAUCUGUUCUUGAAAGAUAUAAGGAUCGAGAUUAUUUUUCUGAAAGGGCGAUUCUGACACCAAAAAACGAGGUGGUACAUGAAAUAAAUGAUCGACUACUAGAAUUGUUUCCUGGUGAACCAACAGAGUACCUGAGUUCUGAUAGUAUAUGUGCGACGGAGAAAGGUAUCGAUUCAUUCCAACAAGAGUUGUAUUCACCUGAUGUCCUUAAUGGUUUAAAGAUAUCUGGUUUACCUAAUCAUCGUUUGGUUUUAAAACCUGGAGUUCCAAUUAUGCUUCUUAGGAACAUUGAUCAGCAAAAUGGUUUGUGUAAUGGUACAAGGUUACAGGUUACAUUUCUUGGAAAGAGGGUUAUAGAAGCUGAAAUUAUAUCAGGUGCUAAUGUCGGAACCAGAACAUUCAUACCAAGAAUUAGCAUGAUUCCCUCCGACAAAAAAAUUCCUUUUGCUUUUCAAAGACGACAGUUUCCUGUUGCUGUGUGUUUUGCUAUGACGAUCAACAAGAGUCAAGGCCAAUCUUUAUCUAAGGUUGGAUUGUUUUUAAAAGAGCCCGUUUUUACACAUGGCCAGCUAUAUGUAGCAUUAUCAAGAGUUAAAUCAAGGGAAGGUGUGAAGAUGUUAAUUAUUGAUAAGGAUGGCAAACCUACCAAUACAACAACUAAUGUGGUUUACAAAGAAGUGUUCACACACUUAUGA